CAGUGACGCCAUUUCCGGGGAUGGGAAGGCUAGGAAGUGAGCGCAAGAGUAAUGAUUACAUGUCCCGACAGGCCUCGGGAGUAGCGGCCCAGUGCCUGGUGGGAGAUGUAGUUCAGCGGGCAUAGCAGCUGCGGCGCGCGGCCGGCGAAGGACUCGGUUUCCCAGAGGGCCGAGCACGACGCAAGAUGGAGACGGCCGGGCCGCGGUAACCCGCAGCCUCGGUGGAGCAGCUGGAGCAGGUGGAGCAGCUGAGCAGGUGGAGCAGCUGAGCAGGUGGAGCAGCUGGAGCAGGUGGAGCAGCUGAGCAGGUGGAGCAGCUGAGCAGGUGGAGCAGCUGAGCAGAGCCGCGCAGGGGACUUCGUGUUGAGGACACAGCCCGCCUCUGGCCGCGGGGCUCGGGCACCGGCACCCGGCACCCAGGAAGGUGUGCGGCCCAGGACGCAUGGCGGAGGUGGGGGCCGGCGAGCCCUCCCCUGGCCUGGAGGUCGAGCAGGGGACGGAGUACGACGUCCUGUCUCCGCCCACCGUCUCCCUCAGCGACUCCGACUCGGACUCCGACCUCAGCUGGCCCGGCAGCGCCCCGCUGGAGGCCCUGUUCCCCGAGCGGCUGCCCGGGGAGGCCCAGGGGGACUCGGGCCCCGACAGCCCCCCCUCGUCGCCCAGGGGCCCCCCCGCCGCCGCCGUGCAGCCGUUCCACCUGCGGGGCACCAGCAGCACCUUCUCUCAGCGCAGCCACAGCAUCUUCGACCGCCUGGAGGGGGCGGCCAGGCAGGCGCUGCCCCCCGAGGGCCCGGCGGGCCUGGGUGACGGCGGGGGCUUCAAGCAGCCCCGGGUGCCCUCCAGCCGGCCCCGUCAGAGCCUUGUCCCCCCGAGGGUGCCCCCCGUGCCCGACUACGUGGCCCACCCCGAGCGCUGGACCAGGUACAGCCUGGAGGACGUGGCCGAGGCCAGUGAGCAGAGCAACCGGGCGGCCGCCCUGCACUUCCUGGGCUCCCCGCGUGGGGCUGCGCCUGGCAGCUACGAGCCCUCCUUCAACCAGGACCCGUCCAGCCGCGGGGAGGGGAGGGUCGUCUUCUCCAAGCCCACCCGCGCCGAGGCCAGGCCCGCCAGGCCGGAGAGGAAGAGGGUCCCGCCGGAGGGGGGGGGCCCCGUGGAGCUGGCGCACCUGGCCAGGCCUGGGAGCCCGGAGGCUGAGGAGUGGGGCAGCCCCCACGGGGGCCUGCAGGAGGUGGGCGUGCCUGAGGGGGCCCCCCACAGCAGGCCGGCGGCAGGCCCCCCGGCGGUGGAGACGGUUGGCUUCCACGGCAGCAGGAAGCGGAGCAGAGAUCACUUCCGGAGCCAGAGUGCGGCCCCCGAGGCCCCCGGUGCUGAGGGCUGACAGCGAGACGGCCCCCAAGUCAGGAGCCCCCACCCCUGGGCCUGUAGGAGGCGCGUGGCCUGGUUGGGCUCAGGCAGUGGCUUUGGGGCUGGGACCUUGCCCAGGGGACUGGAAGCUGGGCCUGCGGUGCCCCUGGAGGAGCAAUAAAGGUUUUGGGUUUUA